AUGUCCUGUUUUCCUAACAGGCUGUAUUGAUCAGUGAUAAAGUAGCACCCAAGCUAGGUGUGAAGCAGGACACUCAACAAACUGAGUAUUCAUUUGAAGGGAAGCACUCGGAUUUUGUAUCGAGGACUUACAGAUCGAUUUGGAAAAAGGCAUUUACUGAGGUCUUGAAGGAUGUACAGCUACUGGACAACGAUUACGAGGAGUCAUUUGAUUCACGAUGCCUGGAACCUGGGAACAGAUUCUGGGUUGGCAGUAGCCAUGAUCAUUGGUGCAGUCCUGUCCAUUGUUUUCGAAUUCAUCGAUUUAAUUCACUUUAGAAUAUUUAGACGUUUCAUAGAAAUUGAAAAUAGUUUUCAACAAUCUACAGCGUGCAAUCCCUCGGUACUCCCUCGGCGGUUUAUAACGACUCUGUUGUACAUCGUUCGGGUGUCCUCUGCGUAUAUUCUGAUGCUGUGUGUCAUGUCCAUGAACAUAUGGAUCCUCGUCUCUGUUUUGCUUGGAACUAUGCUUGGAUUUUUUACAAAACAAUAUUUUAAGAAAAUUAUAUUUCUCGGCUCCGAGGAAAAAGUUAAAAUCAACGACCCCGAACAUGAGAACAGGCCAAACUGUAAUAGCACUCCAAACCAGACACAACCGCUGCUGCUCCAAACAGGCGCCUGUAGUGGGUCCCGAACACAGAAACAAUAUAAGGAUGCUCAGAAGAGGACACAACUGUGAAAGGAGAAAGGCGUAAAGGGAGAUAACACCUUGUACUUGCACUAUUUUGUUUUACUGCAGUGUAAGCAUUGUAUGCAACAAUAUCUGUAAAAAUAUGAAAUUCCAUUUUGCCCGCUACAUAGAUAUUUUAUUCCAUCUAUCAAUCUAACAACAAUUUGUCUCCUUUACCUUGCAUCUCAUACCUGGAAAAAAAAAUCAAGAUUACUGACUUUGUGUAAAUCAUAACUAUUAAAUCAUGUGCAGUGCUUGUUUUCAGUCCAAAACUUUCCGACCGCCAAAAAAUUGUGUGAAUGUUAUCUGCUUUCAUCGCACGUGAAUUACCAUUUUAGUAUAGAUUUGUUCCUGAGAAAAUUUUCAAAUGUUGCUAUAAAUUAUGUGACAAUUCGUUAUUGAUUCAGAUAAAAGUGUUACUUAUU